AUGCUACCAACCAAAGCACACCCGUCAUCAUCCUUCACUGAAAAGAAGAAGAGGAGAAAAGGUACGUACUUCGACUUUCCAAUCACUCAUCUCAAAUAUCAUCAAGCCACUCAAAAAGAUCCAAUAGAAAUGAUUCAUCGCGAAACAAAGGAAGAGAAAAGAGACGGGAGAAAACCAGCACCAAGAACGAGAGUAAGAGUAAAAGUAAAGGAUCCCUCACUCUCUGGAAGAAAGUCAGAAGAGUCUGGGGAAGAGUUGCUGGAUUACCUAGGUCAAAACGCACUACUUUAG